AUGUUCGUUUAUUAUUUAUAUUUAGCACCUAUUGUAGCAUUAGUAUUAAUAUUAAUUAAUGUAGUAUUAGCAACAAGUAAUUCAUAUGUUGAAAAAGAUGGUCCUUUUGAAUGUGGAUUCACAUCAUAUUUACAAUCACGUUCAGCUUUUAGUGUUGCAUUUAUAUUAAUAGCUAUAUUAUUUUUACCUUUUGAUUUAGAAAUAUCAUCAAUAUUACCAUUUGUUGUUAGUGCAUAUAACAAUAAUAUUUAUGGUUUAUCAAUAUUAGUUAUAUUCUUAUCAUCAUUAGUAAUAGCAUUUGUAUUUGAAAUAAAUUUAGGAGCAUUAAAUUUAGAUAGACAAUACAAACCUAUAAUAAAACCAUUAAUAACAAAACUAUAUAUUCAUUGUUAA